ACAACAAUCAACAUUCUCUCUCUCUCUCUCUCUCAUCUCUGUUUGUUCUUGAAUGUGAAGCUAGCUGUGAGAAAUGUUAACGGCGACUUCGCUAAAUGCAGCGAUCCCUUCGCCUCUUCGUCCUCCUUAUCCAUGCACAGCGCACCGGAAACCGGUUAAAGCUCGAGCUGUUUGUUGCUUGAGGAGUAACGGGGACGCCAAUAGCUUAUAUAAUAAAGCCUCACCAAAUGCGAAGUCAGAAGGCCAUGAUAAUGCGAAGAUGACUCAGCCUUCAAAUGAGGAAAUGGAAGUGAAACAAGGUGAUAUUUGGCGACUCUUCCGAGAAGCUCAGCAUAACAUAUUGUACUUGAACAAACAACGUCUCAUGGCUAUAGAGGAGCUGAACAAAGCAAAUAGAGAGAAACAAUUGUUGGUUGCUAGGAUAAAGCAUUUGGAAGCAGAAAAGCAGGCUGGUGUUGGAAAAGAUAAGCUAUCAGUUUGUUGGGAGUUGCUGCUUCGACUAGACUCACUUGUCCUCACUGGCAUGAUUAGCACCGGGGAGGCAUCUGAUUUGAGAAGGCUGGUCAUGGAUCAAGUGGUUGGCGUGGCUGAUGCUUCUAAUGAUAUCCUGCAGAAAAAUGAUGCUGAGCUUCUAGCAGAACUCCGCCACUUCUCAGAUAGAAGCAAAAAGACUGGUUUUCGCAUUGUCCAUAUUUGCACUGAGAUGGAACCUUUGGUCUCUGUUGGAUCUUUGGCAUCAUAUGUGACUGGCUUAUCUUGUGCAUUACAAAGAAAGGGCCACUUGGUGGAGGUUAUUCUGCCAAAGUACACGAUUAUGGACCUAGAUGAAGUGCAAGGACUUCGAGAAAUUGAUGCAGAAUAUUAUUCAUAUUUUAAUGGGCAACUACAUGGAAACAAAAUUUGGACUGGUGUUGUCCAUGGCAUCGGAGUCUCUUUUAUUCAACCUUUGUACUACUCAUCAUUUUUCAACCGUGAGAAGGUAUAUGGCUACUCAGAUGACUUUGAACGGUUUACCUAUUUCUCUCGUGCUUCGUUGGACUAUAUUGUAAAAUCUGGAAAGCAGCCUGAUGUGUUACACAUACACAACCGGGAGACUUCUAUUGUUGGGCCUCUUUUCUGGGAUAUAUUUGUUAAACAGGGACUUGGGGGUACUAGAAUAUUAUUGACAUGCCAUGACUUUGAUUCACAGUAUCUUGAGCAACCGGAUAAACUUUCACUGUGUGGAUUGGAUCCUCCUAAACUUCACCGUCCUGAUCGUUUACAAGAUAACACUAAGACACAUCUUGUCAACAUUUUGAAGGGUGGAGUUGUUUACUCUAAUAAGAUUUUGAUAAUGUCAUCCAUACACUCAAAAGGCAGGAUCAUUCGUAGUUUUAGUCAUGGAUUGGAACAUACCUUAAGCACCCACAAGGACAAGUUGGUUAUUGCUCCCUGCGGAUUUGACAACUCCAUUUGGGAUCCUUCCAAGGACAAUUAUCUUCCAGAAAACUAUAGUGCGGAGGAUAUGAAAGGGAAAGUUGUUUGCAGAGUUGCAUUACAACAUCACCUGGCGUUAUCCGACAAUGCUUCUGCUGUUCUUGUUGGAUGCAUUAUCACUGAAGUAUCAGAUAUUGAUCUGGGGAACCUGAAGGCAGUUGUUCGGAGUGCAACCAGGACAGGUGUCCAGUUUAUCUUCAUGGAUAUUAGCAAAAAGUCAAGCAAAGAUAGGGCGCUGGAAUUUAUCCAAGAGCUCCUCAAGGAUGAAAAUGUGAGAUUCUUAAACGAACAUGAUGAAGCACUAUCACAUUUAGUCUUUGCAGGAUCUGACAUUAUCAUGUGCCAAUCUUUUCAUGAUCCUGUUCUCCAAGUGCCACUCAAGGCUUUAAAAUAUGGAGCUGCUCCAAUUGCAGUAACCUCCACUGAUACUACAUUCAGGCACUUUGUAGAUCAUAACUAUGAGAGCACAAAAUUCUCCCAGUUCAUCAGUUCUGGCUUUGGAAGACUCUCCUUAAGCCAAGCCCUGGGUGAAAUUGAGAACAACCCAUCAAGAUGGAAGCAAAAAAUAAUGGACGCAAUGGCAAUGGACUUUUCCUGGGAUGCAGAGUGCUAUGACGUGCAUGUUUCUGCCUACACGGCCAUAAAGAAUUUGUGAAGCAGGGGUUAUGUAUAUGUUUAACGUGUGUUACAUUUGGACUUAUUACAAAAAAUGGCAAUAAAGGAAUUGAAUAAAAAAGAUCCCUUCCUUUUUU